ACGCCCGCGCCGCGCUAACGCAGGGGCCUGGUCGCCAUGGCGACGGGUUGUACACUACCACUUCUUCCAAGGCCGCGGAUGCUGGCCGGCCGGUUGUCCGAGGGUCAUGGCCUCCCCUAAGCCACCGAGCUCUAGCUUCGCGAUCAUGUCGAGAACAUACCUGCGGCCUUCAGCAGUGACCAUAGAUGACUCCUUCUUAACAGAAACCAAUACCCAGAAAUGCAAGCUUUCUCAGAAACGGAAGACACUGUCUUCUUGUCAGUCCUCCAUGGGCGGCCACCUGUCCCCAUGGCCCACAUACACCAGUGGCCAGACCAUUCUGCAUAAUCGGAAGCCCUGUUCAGAUGAGUACUGGAAGAGAGCAGGUACCUGGCAGCAGCAUCCCCUAGGCACUACCAAGCCAAGGUAUCUGGAGCAGCUAGAGAACUACCUACGCAAGGAGCUCCUUCUGCUGGACCUGAGCACGGAUUCUGCCCAGGAGCUGAGGCUGCAGCCUUACAGAGAGAUCUUUGAAUUCUUCAUAGAGGACUUCAAAACAUACAAGCCAUUGCUAUCCUCCAUCAAGAAUGCAUAUGAGGUGAUGCUGGCUCACCAGAGGGAGAAGAUUCGGGCUCUGGAACCCCUGAAGGCCAAGCUUGUCACUGUGAAUGAGGACUGCAAUGAAAGGAUCCUAGCCAUGAGGGCUGAAGAGAGAUCUGAAAUCUCCAUGCUGAAGAAAGAGAAGAUGAUUUUGCUAAAACUCAUUGACAGAAAGAAUGAGGAGAAGAUCUCACUGCAGAGCGAGGUGACCAAACUAAGGAAGAACUUGGCUGAGGAGUACCUGCGCUACCUGACUGAACGAGAUGCCCGCAAGAUCCUCAUCGCAGACUUGAAUGAGCUACGGUACCAGCGGGAAGACAUGUCACUAGCCCAGUCCCCAGGUAUCUGGGGGGAGGACCCCGUGAAGUUAACACUGGCUCUGAAGAUGACCCGGCAAGACCUGGCCCGCACGCAGAUGGAACUCAACACCAUGAAGGCCAACUUUGGAGACGUGGUGCCCAGGAGGGACUUUGAAAUGCAGGAGAAGACCAACAAAGAUCUGCAGGAGCAGCUGGAAAGCCUGAGAGACGACUAUGAAGAGGUCCGCAAAGAGCAUGAGAUACUGCUGCAGUUGCACAUGAGCACGCUGAAGGAGCGGGACCAGUUUCAUUCUGAGCUGCAGGAGAUUCAGCGCACCUCCACACCACGGCCUGACUGGACCAAGUGCGAAGAUGUGGUGGCUGGGGGCCCAGAUCGCUGGCACAUGCUGGCCAAGGGCAAGAACAGUGAUCAGUUGGUGGAUGUGCUCCUAGAGGAGAUUGGCGAGGGGCUGCUUCGGGAGAAAGACUUCUUCCCUGGUCUGGGAUAUGAGGAAUCCAUCCCCUCUUUCCUUCGGUUUGAUGGAGUUGUAGAGAACAAGAAGCCCUCCAAGAAGGAUGUGGUAAACCUCCUCAAGGAUGCUUGGAAGGAACGUCUUGCUGAGGAGCAGGUCAGAUCUCACCAGCCAUCUGGCCAGAAAGAGAAGUUCCCAGAUUUCUUCUUCAAUUUCUUGGAGCGUCACUUUGGGCCUGCUGAUGCCAUGGCCUGGGCUUACACCAUUUUUGAAUAUAUUAAGCUCUUCCACUCCAAUGAGAUCAUGAGUCAGUUCUAUGCAAUACUGAUGGAAAAGAGGAGCGAAAGUGUGUACAUCAAGCAGAAGGAGACAGUAACACAGCUGCUGAAGGAGAUGACAAAUGUUGACAGUCAGAAUGAAGGGCUACUAACCAUGGAGCAGUUAAGCACUGUCCUGAAGAGCACCUUCCCCAUCAAGAAGGAAGAGAAAAUUCAGGAGCUGAUGGAGGCAGGAGGCUGGCAUUCCAACAGCAGCAAUGCAGACUUUCUUAACUACCACUCAUUGUUUAUGGAGGAUGAAGAGGGCCACAGUAUGCCCUUUGUGCAAAAGCUGUGGGAACAGUACAUGGAUGAAAAGGAUGAGUACUUACAAGAGCUAAAGCAGGAGCUGGGCCUGGAACUCCAUGAUGAAGUAACCCUACCCAAGGUGCGUGAGACCCUGAUGAUCAUUGAUCCAAGCCUGGACAAGCAGACCCUGAACAGCUAUUUGAGCCAGGCCUUCCAGCUCCCUGUGACAGAACUGCCAGAGGAGAGUGAGGAGAAGGAAGAGGACAUUGUUAUACAGCUCCAGACUGUCCUGGAACGGCUUCAGAUAGUUGACAUCAGGCGUAGGGGUCCUCGGGAGCAGGAGCCUACAAGCUAGGGCCACUGUGGGCAGCUAACCUCUGACUUUUAGUAUAAAACUGUUUGUCUGAACCCAUGCUACUCUCCAGGUUAUAUUGGGGAGUCAAGGGGAGGGGGCUGGAUGACCCCAGGAUAUGUAUCAAAACACAGAAUAUUCUGUU